UCAAGGGGAUUGUAGAGCGGUAUUAACCAUCGUGACAUCAAAAAGCUCAUUUCCAAUGAGGUCCCGCCGGAAAAUCAAGCCGGCCGGCGGCUGACGCGCCAGCCAGACUGCAUCAAAACGCGCCAACGGGCUUUUUAACCCACUCAUCACGCUCUGUAUAUUUCACCUUUGCUCACAUACUUCCUUGUUCAAAUAUACUGGUACUCUGUGGAUGUACGUGUAAAUGAGGGAAUCAUGUAUGCCGCUGGCUUUUUACAUUCGUGUUGUGUCACUAUGGUGCAAUUCAACCGACAACCGGCAAAUGUGUAAACACGUGGAAUUUCAUUUUGGGACGAAUUGAGAUGGAGAAGAGCAAGUUACUUUGUCUCAUACUGAUUCUACUGCAAUGUCACGUACGACUACUCGACUCGUACAACGUGCCCUGUGCUUUCAACACGAUGUGUCUAUGCUGGAUACAGGAUGACGAGGAGUUUACGAAAAUGGACAUCAGUUGUCUCGGUGUACCGUUUGCACGUUUUCCAGACGUGUCGGUGAGUUAUGUGGCCCAGCUGGACAUCGUGAGCUCGGGAAUGCAGGUCUUGGAGAACGAUGCUCUGGUGAGUUCCUCGGGGGUUGAGGCGCUCGGGCUCAUGAGCAAUCGUCUUGCGAGCAUCGGGGAGAAGUCUCUCGUCGGUGUAGCCGGUAGCCUGCGCUCCCUUGAUCUCAGCUACAAUUCACUGGAGGACAUACCCUUCAAGGCACUCAGACCACUCAGAAAGUUGACUUGGUUGAAUAUGCACAGCAAUCACCUGACAAGCCUGGACGGCGAUUGGGGCCACGUGUCGGAGACACUGACGAACGGGUUCUUCGGUGAGAAUAGCAUCGUCGAGAUCCCCCGUGUAUUCUCCCACUUCGAGAAUCUAGUCUGGCUAAAUCUGGAUAACAAUGAUAUUCAGGAUAUACCAUCAACAUCAUUACCACCCAACAUACGUACAAUGAGUGUAAAUAAUAAUUUAUUAUCGUCAUUUCCCCUGAGUAUCGGUGACUUACCAGUGAUAACGUGGUUAUAUCUCCGUGGUAAUUCAAUGAGAAUAUUAGAAUUACCGGAUUUCAAGAGUUCAGUGCUGGAAUUACUCGACGUAUCGGAGAAUCUCAUUGAGUCAGUGAGAUUUCUGACGUCAUCGAAUGCAACACUACACAUCAAAGACCUGAAUAUAUCGAGCAAUAAACUGUCAGUGAUACCGGCUGAUGCAUUUCAGUAUGUAGAGACACGGAGAAUGCAUUUGUCAUCGAAUAACAUCAGCUACAUAGACGACGAGGCAUUCAGGGGAUUGGAGAAUAUUCUUGAAUACUUGAAUAUCGAGAACAAUGGCCUAACAAAUGUACCAAGUGCGCUUUCAAAGUUGAGAAGAAUUGCUUAUCUGUACCUGAGUAACAACGAUAUAUACAACAUCACCGCUGAUGCAUUUGACUUAUUUGGGAGUAAUUUGAGGGCACUGUCGUUAUCUAAUAAUCAUUUGGCCUCACUACCGGUUGGAGCACUUGGUAAUUGCGGUAGACUUCAGCAUCUUAAUCUUGGUUAUAAUAAGAUAACACAUGUGUUCCCCGGGGAUUUUGAGUGGGCUAAGAAUCUUGAGAUACUACUGCUGAGGAAUAAUGUGAUAGCAAAGUUAAAGUCAGGAACAUUCAAAGGGGCUAGGAGAUUGAAAGAACUAAGUCUGUCAUUCAAUCAAUUGGCGGAAUUGGAUAGUCGUGCUUUUAUGGGCAUCGAGGAGAGUCUGGAAAUUCUGGAAAUGAGUUUUGCAUUUGCUACUGAUGUACUACCAAAGGCUGCAUUUGCCAGUUUGAAGAAUCUACUGUGGCUUGUGCUGGAUAAUAAUAAUUUUCACGCCAUCGAUUCUGAUACUUUUUAUACGUUUCGACAGUUGAGGUAUAUCAAUCUUGAAUCGAACAGAUUGCACUAUUUACCGGAUAAGAUAUUUCAAGCCGAUAGACAUCAGGAAUUGCGGGAUGUUAAGUUCGGGUACAACUUUCUUGAGGCUAUACCCGAGGGGACAUUUCAAAAUCUCACGGAAUUGAGAUCACUAGAUUUAACUGGAAAUAGAAUUCAUUACUUGUCUUCCGGGACAAUUGAUAAUUGUCCGAAAUUGGUUACCGUCUCAUUGGCGUACAAUAGAAUAUCAGGGAUGCAUAAAAGCGCACUUCAUGGAUUGUCCAGUUUGAGGUUUCUCCAUCUGGAAUUCAAUGAUCUUACUGCACUGGAUUUGGAUGCCAUUGUCGAGAGUGGGGGACUGGAAUUCUCACUCAACGUCUCGUAUAAUUCAAUCUCGGUGAUUAAUUAUGAGUAUGGGUUGGCCAAUCUUACCAGUCUCGAUCUUGCUUGUAAUAAUAUAACUCAGUUGGCGGGGGAUAUCUAUGAUGGCCUGCCGAAUCUCAGGAGUCUCGACCUUCGGGGGAAUUACUUGACUGCUGUACAUCCUGGUACUUUCGCCCUAUUACACCUGGAAACAUUGAAUUUACGAGACAAUCGUCUGGAAACCUUGAGAAAACAGGCCUUUCACGGAGCCCCAUCGCUCCAAAUACUCGAUUUGAGUGGCAACAUUUUAUCUCAAUUAUCAACCGGACAAUUUCGUAAUCUAAAAAAUCUGCGUAUUCUCAAUCUCUCGAACAAUCGCAUACGCUCACUACCCCGUGACAUAUUCGAGGGAACUCGAGUUGAAUCACUCGAUCUAAGUGGUAAUAGAAUAAACAUAAUACCAUCACAGGCAUUUCUCGAGAUCGGAUAUACCCUUCGUGACCUCAACCUUGGUGAAAACUUUGUUGAGCAUCUUGAUGCCACAACAUUCCCCACAUCUCAACUAAACUCCCUCAACCUUGCCAGUAAUCGACUUACGAUACUUCCGGAUAAUUCAUUUGUAUCACUAUCCAAGUUACUGAGUUUAAACUUAUCCGCAAAUCACCUUCAAGCUAAUUUCAAGGAGUUGUUUCACUAUCUACCAGCGUUGAGGCAUCUAUACAUGACAAACUGUGGAUUUAGGAAAAUACCUGUACUUCCACUGGCAAAUCUCAAUGUACUUGACCUCUCCUUCAACAGUAUAGAGGCCGUGACACCGCUCAAUGUACAGUACUUCGAGUCACUCAAAGUCCUCCACCUGGUCAACAAUUCCUUAAUCGCAGUUCCGGACGUCAGGCUGACUCUUCUACGGGAGUUGGAUUUAUCUGGGAAUCCCGUCGAGGAGCUGAACAAGGAUAGUUUCAGUGGUUAUCGACGUAUUGAAAAGCUCGUACUGCGUAAACUCAGUCGAAUAAAGUGGGUGAACAAUGAUUGCCUUCGUGUUCUACGCUAUCUCAAACACUUGAGAAUCCAAACAUGGCCACAUGCUGAUGGCCUUGACCUACGUAUACUCCUCAGUGGAUUGCAUCUACGUACUGUUGAGAUAGAGGUCACUGAGCCCAUACUGAAGAAUCAAAUUCACAAUGCAUUCACUCGACGCCUCAGGGAGCUCACAAUAACGGGUCAAGAGCUUGAGGCAAUAUCGCCUGAAGCAUUCUCAACUAUUGAAGGUGGUGAGCUUGUACUUAGGAUCAAGGGCACUCAUGUCCGACGCUUUCAGUCGGAUAUUUUCUUAUCACUAGCGAGGAGAAUGUCACAAUUGACACUCGACCUUCGAGACAAUCAUAUUAAUGAAUUGAGUCCAUCGGUUAUCUACGGAAAUCUAUCGUGGGAAACUGUUGGAACGAAUCUUGUUGCUGGUGGUCUACAAGUUUCGGGUAAUCCCCUCGAGUGUGACUGUGAAAUAGCCUGGUUGAGCCUAUGGCUACGUAGAUGGUUACGUGAAUCCCGUCAGAUUCAUACAGCAUCACAGUCGGAUGCCCGACAGUUGAGAAACAUUGCUGGUAGAGCAGUCUGCACUGAAACUACACCGUCUUACUCAUCUGACCGAGUUUUACUCACUCUUGGGACACCGCACACCGCAUGCCAAGCAUCAGCUCUCAGCUCGGGUCACUAUCCCCGUUCGACAAAAUCCUGCCUAUUUUUCAUUCUACUUUUUAUUAAAUUCAUCAUCGACUGUACCUAGCUGACACCAGUGAAUCCAUUUUUCAACGAAUUUUAAAAUGAAAGUGUGUUGGAUUGGAAGGGGGGUAGACAGAAAACAGUUGUGCAUGAGAAAGAGGAAAACAGUGAAAGCAGAAAAGAGUGAGAUAAAAAGUAGAAAUUAGAUAGUUUAAAAGGCGAAAAACGAUGAGAGCAGUGAGAGAAAACCAGAAGGAACAAAAAAGAAUUGAAAGAAUGACAAAAAGUGAUAAUAGUGUCGUCGACGCGAACAUUGUGAGAAAUUUACAUAGUGACACUCGUUUUAACAUAUUUUUUAUCCCCCCUCUAUUUGUCUCUCUUGCCGGCUUCUUUAUACAAACAAUGCUUUGUUAUGUUUUGUUAGAGCGUCGUGAGUCGCCGUGCCACGAGACAAAUUAGUUUUAUGUAUAAAUGUAUAACUUUUUCGCCUUAUUUAAGGAUAUUUUCAUUUCUUCCUUAAUUAAACGGGUGGUGCCUGCGUGUGCUGAAGACAGCCCUCGACAUUUUCAGGCCAGUCACAGACAUUUUCAUUCGGAUUGAAUACGAGAUUAACGGGACAUGGCAUAUGAUGUUUUCGCUCGCCCUCACACAUGUAGUACAUUGUACAGUCGUUUUUAUCCGGAUGAUACGAUAUGUGAUUGUCCUCCUCGUCGCAGGUAACCUCGUUAGCUAAAAGCACAAGAAUCACAGGGGAAUAACCAGUUUACUUUUCCUUUCUGGAUAUUUUUUCCUCUCGCUUUCCUUUUUUUUACCCCCACAAUGUUUCAUGUCUACAAUGGCUACCGAAAAACCUUGUGGAUAAAAUUUUUAUACUCACGGUCUUUGGUGGUGUACUUUCCACUUCGUAAUCCAGUCUCAUAUGGUCCAUCGUAUUCGAGUUUAACUGAGUAGUCGAGUAGUUCUUUCUUCAUUGCUUUUAUGAGGGGAUAUUUGCCUGCACCGCAGGUGCCCUUGAAAUCGUCCAUAUCCACUGACCAGAUCAUAAUACCACCGAAGCCCUCUUCCUUCAGCCAGUUCAUCUGUUUUUUGGGUUAAAUUUUUCGGUGAUUUUUGGUUUCAAGUAGAACGAAUGAUGUUGAAUAAUUCAAUAAAGAGUAUUGUAAACAUUGUUUAGGAACGGCUAGAAUGCUCAAUAAUGGAACAUAUCAUUUGGAUGAAUAAUUAUGUUAAUCCAAGCCCAAUCGUUACAGGGAAUGUGUGCACGUGAGCCAUGUAAAUUUUGUGAGCUAUGUGAUAUUCAUUAAUGCGAAUGACUAAUGUGGAAUGGAAUUAUUAGUUCAUUAAUUUUCCAGAACUUUCAAAUGGCAACCGUUGAGGAGCAACUUCAACAGGAUUCACUGAAUUUCUUUUUUUUUCCCACUUCUCGUUCUGGUUUUCGUUUAGGUGAAUUUUGAGUGUGUGUGAGUGUAUGUAAUUACCUUAUUAACGAGACUUCUCUCGUCGUCGAAACCAACCCACUGGUCGUCCCUGUAUGCGAAAGGGACUUGUUGUUCGCUAUCCCAAACCAGGGUCGUGUUGUCCUCAUUGAGAAAACUGCAGACCUACGAAAGAACGAAUUAUUUCAUAUUUUAUUGAAAAUUAUAGCUCAACAUAAUUUCAUGUAAAUUGUUACGAAAGUAAAAUGGCAACGAACUCUUGUAAUAUACGUUUUGUUUCAUUGAUUCGAUGAUUACAUGACUAAUCAACGCAUGGCAAGCUCAACAAAAAAAUUACAAUUAUUCAUUUUCGAACAAAUAUGGGGGCUUUUUGGGGUUUAACCAGGUACGUUUCCGUCGGGAACUCUUGGUAAUGCCGAAUGCUGGUGGACAUUGAGUGUCUACCAUUGUGUAUUAUACAGGAUGUCCCAAAAUGAAAUGUCAUCCUCGUGGGGGUAGUUAGGGGGGCUCAUUUGGAGACGAAAACUUUAAUAACAUUUCACUCUCCGACGCUUUGUUUAAGAGUUAUCAAAUAAAAACGGACUACCAAUCAAAUGUUUUUCCCUGUUAGAGAAUUCAUAUCAUCUUCUCCAUUCAAUGCGGUCGAGCGGAUGUAUUAGAUGUCCCUUCGAUGCCCAUCAAUCCCAUCCCUUGAUAUCGAAUGAGAGAGAAGAUAUGAAUUUUUUACGUGAACUUUGAUUUUCAGGACAACAUCGCGUGUUGGAUACAAAUGGCUCUUACGUCAUGGUGAAUUUUGUCGCAGUUUUUCUCACCCCGUUUUGGCAAUAGAAGAACAAAAUUCACUCAAUCGAUUGCCGUCUUUUCUAUUUCUCCAUCUCAAGUGACAGAGAAGAUACGGAUUUGUUACUGCAGGGGGUUUUGCGGCUAACCUUGGCUUUUUCGGUCAAGCGUCGGAGAGAAAAAUGUAGUUAGUUUUCGCCUUCAAAUGAGCACCCCGAACUGCCCUCGCGAGGAUGACAUUUCAUUUUGGGACACCCUGUAUAUUGGCUGUUUGAUGAAGAAGUAUGGAAAUUUCAAAAGAAAAUAAUAAAUUUUCUCGAAAUUUUGUUUUCCUCUACUAUUCAUCUGCUUUCAUUGUCCAAUUAAUGAAAUAAUAGUUUUUCACUCAAAAAAUAAUACUGAAGAUGAAUAGUGAAAGAUAUAACGAGUCUAACAUCCACCAUUUACUCAUAUUUAAAUUGAAUAUUCACUUAUUUGGGAGAUAAUUACACCAACAAUAGCGAUUCUCGGUCGUUUUCAAUACUAGUCUCACAGAGAAAAUUAAUAACCGCCGAACUACGGAACUACGGCGAAAGACAAACUCUAAUUGGCGCCAAAAUUCCUGUCAUUUUAUUAACAAGUUUUGGUGAGAAUUUCCUCCCUCCUCAAUUCGCCCAACCAGAACGCAGAGGAAAAUACAAUCAACAAUUAUUUGUUAUUCUGCUUGCCAACGGGAAAAUUACCGAACGACGGGAAAUUAUAGAUAUAAUUCUCUUGUGAUUGGUCCACGAGACGUCGAACACCACAAUUCUAUUGUUCGGAAGGGUGAUGGGGGAAAUAAUCCUCCGAAUACCCGCCGACCGUCAAAAUUCAUCGCAUAUUUCCCACAAGUUUCCCUGCGUAUCAGCGAUCGAGAUGAGUUUUGCAGAAAAAUCAUGCGCGCUUCACGCUCGUAAUUUUUAUCUUGCAAAACACAUUCCUCUCGUUGCUAUGCAACGGAGCUAUCGGGAAAUAUCCGAUAAUUUUUAAGGUCUCGGGGUGUUACAACCGAAAAUUUCAGAUAAAAAAAAAUUGGUUUUGGAGUAAU